ACAUACAGCAAUAAGAACUGUGUGCUACAAAACGUCACCAUACACACAGAACAAAAAGAAGAAGAAGAAGAAGGCAUUGAAAAAAAAGAUCGACUCACAGUAGAGAAAUGAAAAAACACAUUGAGAGACAGAAAUACGUGCCACUGAAGUAGAAACAAACAAAAUCAAGUGAUGAAAACACGACUAAAGUAGUACGAGAGGAGAAAAUAUUCUUUGGUAUUUUUGAUUUUGCCAGAACUUGUUCAAAUGAAUAAAGUGAUAUUUUGAAUGUAAUUUUGUGAAAAACAAUCGUUGCAGAGAUUUUGUGGCCAGUAAAAGUAUAAUAUUUGCGUGGCUCACGUUCAUGAAUGAUAAAUUAGCAUUUUAUGUAAAUUUUUCUUUUGAUUGCACGGAAUUUGGAUAUAUUAAUUUGAAGAGUGUGUGCUUAUGAUUUGUGCGGCAGAAACAUAUUGAAUUGCGUGGAAGUUUUGUGUGUUCCAGAAAAAAUGUUUCGACGUUAUUAGCCGAUGACAACAGUGAGAAGAGAAGAGAUUCUGUGACAAUUGUGUGUGUGAUUCAUUUGACGAAACAAUUUACAUGGUGCCCGUUAAUUGGCUGCUGUUCACUCUAAUAGACAUGCAAAAUGAUAUCAUUUUUCAAAAAAGCAGGUCGCAACAGACCCAUCGUCAAAUCAUCGUCGUUGAACAUAGAAUGUAGUGAUGUCACCGACAGUGGUAACCAGUCGCAGGGCGGCAACGAUCAACAAAUUCUCGGCAAAAUCGAACAACAAAUACUAAACGAUGAUUAUGAGACCGAUAUGGAGAUUGCGUCGUCAUCGCAUUCGACGAAAAACAUCACCCGAAUCCUUGACGAUCGAAAUUGUUUGUGUUAUUUUGUGCAGUACAUGGAGCAAAAGUCGGCGUUGCCUUUGAUUCGAUUUUGGUUGGAUGUCGAGAGUUUUAAAUCGUCAUCUGAGCAAUGUGGUCGAAUAUCGUCGCGAAAAUGUGUAAAUAAGCGUAUGACACCAAAGUCAUCAAUAGGUCGUAGUGUAUCUCUAGAUGGUAUGACAUUAAACCGUGAUGAUUUUUACAGUGCUUACAAUGAUGUUGAAUCAUUGGACGACCGAAAUGAGUCGAUGAAUCUCAAUGAAUUGCCUUCGGAACGGGAUAAUGGCGAUGGAAGCAGUGAUGCAAACUCCAUGACAAAUUUAAGUGAUAUUUAUGAGCGUAACGAUGACCACGAACAAUUGGACGAAAUACUGUCCGCCUCAGUGGAUGAAGAGAGUUCACAAAAAAUCCUCGAAAACGGUCGCAAAAGUGCAACGGGUGCAUCAUCGCAUGGCGAUGACACGGACGGUAUGUCAUCAAAGAUGCCGGCAUCGUUAACAAUCGAUGCGAUUCGAAUAUUCAAAAAAUACUUGCUCGCUGGCGAAUUGACCAAUUUGGUGCGUAUACCAACGAGCAUUUUAUCGCAAAUCUCUCUGGUGUUGUGCGUUCAAAAUGACGACAAGUGCCCGGCUGACAGUGAUAAACAUUCAAGAUUGAGCAUAUCCAGCGAAUCGAUUCCAUUAUCGACGUCACAAUUGGAGGGAAAAAACUUGAUCACCGUCUUUGAUGAGGCGCAAUCAUUUAUUUUGGACUACUUAGAUCGCAUGUAUACGGGUGAUUUUUUGGAGAGUGCAUUUUAUUAUCGUUUUUGCAUCGAAAAUACCGGCACAAAUCUCAAGAUCACCGACAUCCUCUAUAAUGAAUUGGCGCUAUUUUAUUUUAUGGAAUUUUUAGAAGUUGAAUCGAAACGACAUUAUUUGGACUUUUGGUUGGCUGCUAUGAAUUUUAAACGGCAAUUGGACAAUAGUUGUAAUGCUGCUAUUGUAUUUGAUGAGAAUGAUAAGGAAAUGAGCGAUGAACAAACUGCAGCCGCCGCCGCUGCCGCGGUGGCUCUAGCAAAUGAUUGCAAUGCAAUUGAACAAAGCCAAAACGAUGCCUUGAUUUUGUAUGAAAAGUAUUUCUCAUUGCAGGCCACGUGUCCGUUGCAUUUGUCGGAUCGUGUGCGAUUCCAUGUGGAGGAGAAAAUCUGUUCGAUUGACGGCAACGAAGCGAUUGCACAUUGUUUUGAUCUUCCGCUAUCCAUUAUUGAGCGAUUUUUAAGCGAACAAUUUCUGGCACCAUUUGAAUGUUCGCCACUAUUUUUCAAAUAUCUCACAGAACUCACACAAAAAAUGGAAGCAAUGACCGUAAAACCAUCGACAGUCUCGGUAACAACUUCAAAAGUCAUCCGCACGACAAGUGAUGUGGAGCACAAUAAAAAGUCACCAGCACAAAAGGACUAUGCACAAGUCAUUUCAGCAAAAAACACCCUCCUUGCAAUGGAAAGUGUUAAGAAACGAACACACCAGCGCAUCAAGUCUUCAGACAUGUGCAUCGAUGCACGGCAAUUGCACGAUCCAGAUCUGUUGUGGCGCCGACAUUCAGCGAGUGGCCUGAAAUUUGGCCAUGUCAACGAAAUGGGACGGUAUGAGCGAGACUAUGAUAUGACUCCAUGUGAUAAAAAUCAUGUAAAUGUUUCCAAUGCCAGUGGUAACAUCGAUGCUAAUCAAAUCAUUCAAAAUACCGGCAACAAAAUCAAACGGGCCGUUCGAAAAUUGGUACAUCUUCCCGAACAAUGCAUGCAAGAAGAGCUCGCCUGGCAAAUGGCCGAGAUGAUUGUUAAAGAUAUCACUAGCGUUACACUGCACACGAACCAAGUUCCAAAAGAGACAUUUUAAAUUCCGGUUUUUUAAACACUGUGCUCUUUCAUUAUUUUAAAGUAUAAAAAAGCGCAUCAAUUGAAUCUCCGUUUUAUUAUUUCUCUGAAUAUAGACGCGCAAAAUUAAGAUAUUAUUUGGCGAGCCGCAACACUCGCUGGACCAAACGACAGGAAUUGUUUACAGAACCAGGAAAUAUGAAAAAGAAAGUUUACAGUUUGUUAUUAUGAAAUAGAGAAAGAGAUCUGAACAAAUUUUUACAGAUUUAUUAUAUUUAGAAAAGUUUUUUUUUAUUCUUUCUGUCUUUUUACGUUUUUAAUACUUCAGAGCAAGUCAGGGGUGGAGAAGUGAUGAGCGACCGGGACCAAGGAGCCAAUGAACAAAAAUAUGAAAUAAAAAAUAAAAAAUUGGAAUGAUAAAGCAGGACUUCUUUGAGCUUAUAAAAAAAUACAAAAUUUAAUCGUAUGGCUUGCUUCCGUGUCGCACAUCACUUUUUACCCACAGCUCAUUCUAAAAUUCAGUUUAUUAUAUAAAAAGAAGAAAAAAAUUAUUGUAAAUUAUUCUCGUUAUUGAAUUACAAAUAAAUUUUAACAA